UGCCGUUACCGUUAGUUGCUUAGCUGCGUGUCGUUCGUGUGUCGAUCCGCUAUUCGAGCAAAAUAAAGAAAUUUAAAAACGUGGAAAAGGCGCAUUUUCCCGGCAAUGGACGGCAUUGCUAGUGAUGUUGCAGUUGGUGUAAAGAGAAGUUCAGAUGAAUUGUUGUCUGGCAGUCUCUACAACAGUCCCAACUCUUCAGUCACUGCUAAUGGAAGUGACAGCAAAAAACUGAGGGUGGAGGACAGCAUGGACAGCCCACCUUCCAGAGUCAUUCACAUUCGUAAACUUCCUAACGAAGUUUCUGAGACAGAGGUCAUUGCCCUGGGCUUGCCCUUCGGGAAAGUCACCAACAUCCUGAUGCUGAAAGGCAAGAAUCAGGCGUUCCUGGAGCUUGGAACAGAAGAAGCGGCAGUGACUAUGGUGAACUAUUACACGGCAGUGACGCCUCAAGUGCGAAACGUCCCUGUAUUCAUCCAAUACUCCAAUCACAAAGAGCUCAAGACUGACAGUGCUCUCAAUCAGCGGGCCCAGGCUGUGCUGCAGGCGGUUUCUGCUGUCCAGGAAGGUGGAUCUCCAAGCUCAGACACUGCUAGAGAUGGUGUUUUAACGCCUGCACCCAGCCCGGUCCUGCGUAUAAUCAUCGACAACAUGUUCUACCCAGUGACCCUGGAUGUCCUGCAGCAGAUAUUCUCCAAAUUUGGCACGGUCAUGAAGAUUAUUACAUUUACUAAAAACAAUCAGUUCCAGGCGCUGCUGCAGUUCAGUGAUCCAGUCAACGCCCAGCAGGCCAAGCUGUCCCUGGAUGGACAGAACAUCUACAACUCCUGUUGCACCCUGCGCAUCGACUUCUCCAAGCUGGUCAACCUGAACGUGAAGUACAACAACGACAAGAGUCGAGACUACACCAGGCCGGAGCUGCCGGCAGGAGACGGCCAGCCUCCUGUAGAUCCGGCAAUGGCCGCUGCGCUCAGCAAAGACUCCACCUCGCUGCUCGGUACUCCAUCCGGAAUGGUAACUUCCUACUCUAGUGCUGGAGCUUUGCCAUCUUCUCUAGGGGCUAUUAGUCCUCUCAGUGCAGCGGCUGCAGCAGCGGCGGCAGCCGGCAGGGUGGCGCUGUCUGGACACUCAGGAGGCAGCGGAGUUCUACUGGCCAGCAAUCUGAACGACGAGAUGGUUACGCCCCAAAGUCUCUUUACCCUCUUCGGUGUGUAUGGGGACGUGCAGCGCGUGAAGAUUCUCUACAAUAAGAAGGACAGCGCCCUCAUCCAGAUGGCAGAUGGAAACCAGGCGCAGUUAGCCAUGAGCCACCUGAACGGCCAGAAGAUGUACGGAAAGAUAAUCCGUGUCACCCUUUCGAAGCACCAGACAGUGCAGCUGCCCAGAGAAGGUCUGGAUGACCAGGGCCUCACUAAAGACUUCGCCAACUCUCCGCUGCACCGCUUCAAAAAGCCCGGCUCCAAGAACUUCCAGAACAUCUUCCCUCCGUCCGCCACCCUCCAUCUUUCCAACAUCCCUGAGGAUGUGACCGAAGAGGACCUGAGACUUCUCUUCUCCAACUCUGGAGGCACAGUGAAAGCCUUCAAGUUCUUUCAAGACCGUAAGAUGUCUCUGCUGCAGAUGUCGACGGUGGAGGAGGCCAUCCAGGCCCUGAUCGACCUCCACAACUACGACAUGGGCGGAGGCCAUCGCCUCAGGGUUUCCUUCUCCAAGUCCACCAUCUGAAUAUCUGAACAUCUGAACAUGCUCUGUAGCUGCACCCCUCCCCCC